UUUUCAAUAGUCAGUCUUACUGAGAAUAUGAAUAUAAAAUUAGUUGAAAUUACUGAAGCUAUAGUUGAGUAAGAAAUAGUGUAAGUAUUAAUGUAUGAUGUGAGAUUUGUCAAUGAAUUUGAAGCUGAAAGCUAUACAAUAUUCUAAACAGUUGUUUAUACUAUCAAGUCUAAUGAAUAAAUGUGAAAUCGGGUUACAUAUGAUUGAUUUUAUUUAUAUGAAAUUGUAAAUGGGAAGAGAAUAAAUUUUUCCCGUUUUCCUCAUUUCUGGUUAGCUGAUGAAUAAUGUAAAUGUUCUUCCUAGCUCUAUCCUUUUCUUUGUAUUAGAUGCAAAGCGAGGUGAGUGCAUUCGUGUCAAUGAUUUCAACUUUGUGUUGAAAAGGGACAAACAAUAUUGACUUCUUUGUUAGAUGCACUGUACUUGAAUGCAGUCUAAUCAUGUAUAUCAUAAAAGACAGGAAAUUCGGUAUAUGGGCUUAACUGCACUUACAAGUAACAUUAACAUAUACACCUUUUAAUUUAAGUACAAGGAUGUGUUGGCCUUGCUAUUUUCACCAAGGUAAUGAAAUACACCCCUUCCAAUUCAGAAUUAUGGAAGACAAUAUCUCACCAUCAGAUUUCAGAGUGUAGAAGGAGAAAAUUUUUAGUAUAAAAGCAACCAAAGUUUUGAUUUGAAUCAUAGUGUUCAUCUGAUGAAAAUGUCAUCUACUAACUCUACUGAUUUGACCAAGAACGUUGCUAUGGAUCAGCCAAUGGUAACAUACGCAAGUGUUGUAGCCACACUAAAGAUGGUGUGUUCACCAGCUCCAACAACAGUACCACAAAUACCGUGGGGAUUCCCAUAUAAUAUAUGGAGUAAUCCACAAUUUUAUAAUCAAGCAUUUCCUGGAUUAGGGAUGAUGCAAACCAUUCCCGGACUGACUUCAUCUUCACCACCCGCAUUUGAACCAACUACAUCUUCACCAGCCAUCUCCGAACCGUCCACUUCUUCACCAGCCGUCUCCAAACCGUCCACUUCUUCACCAGCCAUCUCUGAACCGUCCACUUCUUCAUCAACUGUCUCUGAACCAGCCACUUCUUCGUCAGCCGUCUCCGAACCAUCUAUUUCUUCACCCACAGUCUCUGAAAUGCCUAUUGCUUCACCUACUGUCUCCAAACCGUCCACUUCUUUGUCAGCCAUCUCCAAAACGUCUAUUUCUUCACCCGCAGUCUCUGAAACGCCUAUUGCUUCACCUACUGUCUCCAAGCCAACUACUGAUCGACCUGCUGCUGUCAAGGAGGCUGCGGUCUCGAGGAAAUGGUGUGAUCUUGGAAAAGCGUUGACAAAACGCAGAAAACAUUCAAUUGAAUCUCCUUCUAGUCCUCUCCCUUGCACCCCACGACUUUGUGAAAGGGAUUAUGGGAUUGAAGAAGGAAUGAAUGCUGAGACAAAUAUUGCGGACAUCAAUAUAUUUGAAUCUGCCAGUCCUCUUCCUAGCACAUCACAACUUUGUAAGAGAUUCAAGUGCAGUACUCCAAUUGCACCCAAAGUAAGAAGGAAGUUGUGCCUGAGCAAAUAUUCCAAUCAAAAUGAAUUGGUGCCGAAUAUCAGUGACAUCGAACAUCAUCUACAUGACAUCGAUGUUGAUAUGAAUUUAGAGAGCUCAUGUAAAAAUUCAGAAGUUAUUGGGAGACGUUUGGUUAACUUAUGCAGUGUUCUUAAUCAAAUAAAGGAGAUCAACGACCACAACAGAGUUAUGGGCUGUACUUUCAGUAACAUGAUUUUAUUGAAAGAAAUAAGACAUGGACUCAUAUCAAAGCUGAUAUUGAAAUGUAAUAUGUGUAAUUUAGAGUGUUCCCUGAAUACAGACACUUCAAAUGAUACUUUGAUGGAUGUUAAUCGUGCUAGUGUAGCAGGUGCAAUGGCUAUUGGCAUAGGCCAUUCUCAGCUUGAAGAGUUUUUUUCUGCAAUUGAAGUUCCAUCAAUGUCAUAUACGACAUACUCCAAGCACCAUGACCAAGUCUCUAAAGGAUGAGAAGCAGCAGCUCUAGAGGAAAUGGAAGAAGCAGCAAAAGAAGAAAUAAGGAUAGCUGUAGAGGAGGGCAGUGUUACACCGGAUGGCACACCGAUCCUGACUGUGAUAGCAGAUGGUGGCUGGGCAAAGAGAUCCUAUCGUAGUAACUGCAAUUCCUUGUCAGGAGUGGCUGCUAUCGUAGGAUCGCACACCAAGAAGGUGAUCUUCAUGGGAGUACGCAAUAAGUACUGAACCAUCUGUGCUCGAGCAGAUUCCAAGUCAUUACCUGCUUCCCAGCAUUCCUGCUUCAAGAACUGGGCAGGCAGUUCAUCCAGCAUGGAAGCUGACAUUAUUUUGGAGGGGUUCUGCAAGAGUAAGGAGAUGUAUGGCUGUAUUUAUGGCGUCAUUGUUGCGGAUGAUGACUCAAAUGUGUAUAAUAAACUUCUAGAGUUCAGACCUCAUGAUAACUACACAGUCUCGAAAAUCGAAUGCAGUAAUCACCUUCUCAGGAAUUAUUGUACCAAACUGAGGGAGAUUGUGAUUCAUAAAGAUUCUGGACCUAUCAUGCAGAGAAAGAUUGUAGGCAGUAACAUUUUAAGACUGAGGAUGGCAGUAAAAAAGGCUGCUGAAUACAGAAAAAAGCAGAAUCUUGAAGAGAAAUUUUGUCUUCUGAAAAGUGAUAUAAGAAAUUCUGCUUGCCAUGUUUUUGGGGAGCACAGCAAAUGUAAAGAAAUAGGAUAUUUCUGUAAAGGAGUAAAAGAAGGUGAAACCAAUAUGAUUCCCGCCAUGAAAGAGAGUGGCAUCUAUCAAAAAAUUAUGAGGCAAAUAAGCUACUUAUGUGACAAUGCUAAAAGUCUUAUUAUGAAUGAAAAUAAUAACCUGGCAGAGCAUUUCAAUUCAAAGGUUGUGAAAUUCAUUGGUGGGAAAAGAGUUAAUUUCUGCAAAAAAGGUUCCUAUCAAGCAAGGUGUUAUGCAGCAGUUGUCUCCCACAACACUAAUCACGUACUUUAUAAACUCCACAAAUAUUUGAUAAAAAAGAGCCCUGGGAAGGUGUUGAAGUCACAUCAGGAGAAGAAAACAAUGAAGAGACUCAAAGAGAAGCAGCGAAGAGAAAAUUCCACUAGAACUAGGGUGACAAUGAGUGAAAAAGAAAGGAAAGAGAGCUCAAGAAAUUAUGGGGUGCAUGCACAAAAACCAGAUCUCCCCGAAGAAGAAGUUGAAAGAAAAAAGGAGGAAUUUCUAGGGCUAUUGAGCCGAAAUAGCAAAUAACUCUCUUCAAUCGAGAGAAGAACGGGUUUGCAAAGUGAUAGUGGUUUAUGGAAGGAGGAAAGGCGAAAAUUGCUGACCGCUUCCAACUUCAGAGCGGUUUGUAAAAGACGUGAAACGACGAAUUGUGGGAGCCUAGUCAAAACUCUGCUCUACACUAACUUGGAUUGCUCUGCUACACGGUACGGUAAAGAGAACGAGUUAAAUGCUAUAAUAAAAAUUGAAGAGUGAAGAAAUACAAAAAUGUGGUCUGUUCAUUGACAGUGAGGUACCAUACCUCGGAGCAACUCCAGAUGGGCUUAUUGGUGCAGAGUCUUUAAUUGAAGUGAAGUGCCAGAAUCAUGUAAAGGAUUGACUCCUGAAGAUGCAAUCAGGGCAAAAAAGUUUCCCUUCCUGAACUUGGUUGAAAACCAAGUUACGAUCAACAGAAAUCAUAACUUUUUCUACCAGCUUCAUAUAACAAAGAGAAUAAAAUGUUUAUUUGCUUUGUGGACACCCCUAGGCAUAUAAAUAGAAGAAAUUAUCAGAGAUGACGAAUUUUGGAAGAGUAAGAUGGAGGAGAAGUUGAAGAAAUUCUAUCUUUACAGUUUGCUUCCGGAAUUAUUGGAUCCCCGACACACCAGAUCCAUGGAGAUAAGAAAUCCUGUUUAUAUUGAAGAGGCAAGGAAAAAGAAAUUGGAGCAAAAGAAAAAGUAAGAUUGCAAAACAGAAAAGUUCACUUACAAGGUUGCAAGAGGGGAUGGGUCUUCACAGGUAGAA